UGCGUUUCCCGAAAUUUCGACUCCCCCAUCGUCAAGUCGCAUUUCCGCAACCAGACACUCACAAUGGCCAAGAUCUCGCGUGGUGCCCCUGGUGGCAAGCUUAAGAUGACCCUGGGUCUCCCAGUCGGUGCCAUCAUGAACUGCGCGGACAACUCUGGCGCGCGGAACCUUUACAUCAUCUCCGUCAAGGGUGUCGGCGCCCGCCUCAACAGGCUGCCCGCUGGUGGUGUCGGCGACAUGGUGAUGGCCACAGUCAAGAAGGGCAAGCCCGAGCUCCGGAAGAAGGUCCACCCCGCCGUCAUCGUCCGCCAGGCCAAGCCGUGGAAGCGCUUCGAUGGCGUCUUCCUCUACUUCGAGGACAACGCUGGUGUGAUCGUCAACCCCAAGGGUGAGAUGAAGGGCUCUGCCAUCACCGGCCCCGUCGGCAAGGAGGCCGCCGAGCUCUGGCCCCGUAUUGCCAGCAACUCCGGUGUCGUGAUGUAAGAGGGUUUCAUGCGGGCGCGAUGGGUCAUUGGCAUGCGGGAUAUCGAGGAACGAACGAUUCUGUCGACCGGGAAACAAUCUUCCGCCUCGAAUGAGGAAGACAGGGAUGAGAGCCACAAGAGGCUCGGGCUGGAUUGGCAGGCUUUGCAUUUCAGGCUGCGGCGUGCUAGGGAGUCAUACCACUGCAUGAUACACAGGUCAAUUCAGAAUCGGUUCUUCGAAG